AACAUUAACAUCGUGUCUACUUGCAACUUUUUUAAGCAUGUGCGACACUGAAUGAAUAUACGGAAUAGCCACUACUCUUGUUUUGCUAUUACUGCUUUCUGUAAUCACGUCCAUCCCCCUCGAAACCAACUUCUUUAGGCGCUCGGCCACAGUGGCCACGGCUACACUAGGAUAACCUGCUUCUAAUAGGCGCCGGACCUUCGAUUUAAAACUGGCGCUCAUUUUGUACAUGCAGGAUCUGGUGAGGGAAGACUUAAGGCACGACAUGGCAAUUCCGUUUUUUACUACUUUGGAAUGCUUGGAUUGAAAGUUUUGCAAUGGCUUCGAAGAUCUUGGGGAGUACUGCCAACAAACAUGACUUUGUUCGAAGAUCAAGGAAAUGUCAAGAAACUGAAUUACGCGUCAUUGAGGAAAUUCUUUGGUAAACUUUAAUCCUCCCCCAUAAAGUUUAAAUUGCUCACUUACUGAGGUAGCAGCGGAAUCGAAUUCUUCCCUAUUGCAGAAAAUCAGGUAAUCAUCAACGUAACGAAAUAUCUUGAUAACGCUAUCACCUAAGGCUUUCUCUAAGCAGUUGUCAACCUUACUAAAGUAAAUGUUGCUAAGAAUAGGGGCAACCUUUGAGCCAAUACAAAUGCCUGAUUUCUGCAGAAAAAUGCCAUCUCUCCACCCAAUCAGCGUCGACUUCAAGUACAUUGAAAAAAUUUCUAGAAAAGCUCCCGUGGAAAGACCGCAUCUGUCAAUAAAAGCCGACUCUUGCACUUGUUCUUUAAAGGGAAGCUGAAAGGUUUUCCAGAAAGAAUGAGUGAACAUCUGUACAUAAUGGUUUUCAACCCUCCGAAUUCGAAUAUCGUAUCGAAACUGAGCGAAAGAAAGCGCAAAUAUAUUUUAUUUUGACGAAAAGUGCAGCAGCGGACACGCCCAGCUCGCGCGUCUUGUUUCCGCCUGUGAUUGGUCGGGCGCCUCGUGACGUCAACUCUAGUAGCCGACCGCUGCCGCUACACAUGAAGCGCGGUGCCAGGUAGUUUGGUGCUGUUUUUCUGAGACAGUAAUGGAAAAUGUAGAGAGACUGCGUUUUUCUGAGGAGUUCGGCGUUACUCCCUUCAUGUACGAGCCGAUUGCGAAGAGCCGGCCUCUCGAAGAAGCAAACGAUGCUGGUGUGAGCAGUGCUUUCGACGCGAACGAAAGCAAAGUCUUGGGAUCUCCUCGUGUUGGAAAUGCUCUUUGGUGAGUAUGUUUUUUGCAAAGCGAUCUAGUGAUCUCGCCGAUCUUUCGCCGAUCUAUAGUGAGCUCGUUUCCGGUCAAACAACUGUAGUAUUGUGUUCCUGCAAGCCUCCUGGUGGAACGUAAGCGGGGAUGCGAUCGUCGGCAUUUGUGCGCUGUCCAAAGCUGUCGGCAAUCUACAAAGACUGUUUAAACGCGUGAAAAGCUUCCCGGUUCAUGCAGUACGUGUAGUGACCUUCAUCUGUUGACUACCACGUUGACUACCACUCACGUUGAUUACCACUCACGCUGACUACCACUCUACAUACACGCAGACGCACCAACAAAGGAAUGCAGGGUCGAUUGAAGCAGAUUACGAUGGCACGCACGCAGAAACAAGCGCGGUCAGGCACGGUCGCGGAUGCUGCGAAGGAACGAAACACUAGAGUUGACGUCACAACACCGCGGUUUCCGGUCACCGCUCGCAUCGUCAGCGUCAGCAGCAGCGCGCGGCAUUCGACGGGGGGCGGAGCUACAGCGCAAUUUCAACCGACGAUUACGCCGCUCCUAAUUGAAAAAAGAAAAAAACCCAAAUUUUACCUACAUGGUUUAUAAGGUUCCCGCAUCCGUAUAUGAGCGUCUUAUUGAAUUUGACAGACUCUUCAGCUUCCCUUUAAUGCACUCAUUUACGGAAUUUAGCAACCCGUCAUGCGGCAAGGAAUAAUAAUGAAAAGAAUAAUAAUAAAAACUAGUGAAGCUAAGCAGUUCUGCUUAGAACUGCUUAGCUUCACUAGUUUUUUCAGACCCCUUUUGCUUACGUAAUUGUCAGGCACUAGUUCAAAAUUUGAGAGAGGAAAAUCCUGGUGAUUGUACAGCUUUUAGUAUGGAUAUCGAAGACCUGUAUUAUUCCAUGCCGGAAGUCCUUGCGGGAGCCCAAACAUAGUUUGUUUCUUUUAAACUUUUGUUUCUGCGGUCGGUGCCCGAUAUUACACAAGUAUAAGGUAUCCGCCAACCGAGUUUUCGUGAAAGCCUAGGUCUUGUCUCGUGUGCCGAACAGGGCAGCGAGCAGCGAUGCAGAAGGCGGCAUUCGUGCGCACUUCGUUCGCGCUUGCGUAGCCUCGUUGUGAGCAACCACGUCCCCAAAUGUUGCACGUCAUCUCUGUAACCCUUGCCCUACGACAGGCAUGUGCAGUCCCACAAGGGGCACCGUGAACGUGUGCGGGUACGACAUGAUUCAGAACACGGCGGAAGCACGCGCCUACCUGAGCUUCUGCCAACAGCAAGAUGUGUUCUUUCCUGACCUCACCGUCUGGGAGCACUUGGCUUACUUCGGUGCGCUCAAGGGAAUCGACCGAAGCUCCCUAUCAGGCCGCAUCACUGAAUCCCUGAAGGUUGUUCGGCUAGAAGACAAAGCCAGAUGCCUCACCUCCGUCCUUUCUGGCGGCAUGAAGAAGCGCCUGAGCAUCGCCAUGGCCACGAUAUCCAAGCCGAAGGUGGUGAUACUGGACGAGCCGACAUCCGGUCUGGACCCAGAGACACGGCGUGAAAUGUGGGACCUGUUCCGUUCUAUGCGGUACGAGUCCACGUUGCUCAUAUCGACACACGACAUGGCUGAGGCAGACAUACUCGGGGACCGCGUCGUUGUGCUGGCUCAGGGUGCUGUCCAGUGCAGCGGCUCGCCCGGUUUCCUCAAGAAGGCCUAUGGUGCAGGCUACAGGGUGCAGAUAGCGCGGAAGCCGUCGGUAGCCUUCCAGCUGUACGACAUUAUGCACAUCAUCAAGAGCACGGUGCCAGAGGCGGAGGUGCGGCGCCACCGGCAAAGCGAAGUGACCGUGGCGCUGCACGUGCUCGACUGCGCCGGCUUCGAGCACAUGUUCGCGCAGCUGGAGGCCCAGAGCGACGCCCUGGGCAUCGACAGCAUCGGCGUCUCCGUCGCCACCAUACAGGACGUGUUCGUCAAAAUUAAUCGGGAGGAGACGCAACUGCUCAGCAGAACAGCGACGUUGGCAGAUUACGACGUCACCUGGCGGGCAGCCACCACCGAGGGCGCCGGCAACUCGUGCGGCGCCAGCCUGGCGUCCCUGCUCGUCAAGCGCACGCUGUGCCUGUACCGCUCGCUGGCGGCCCCGCUGACCGCCUGGCUACUGCCGCUGCUCGUGUUCUGGGCGCUGAUGGCGCUCGAGUGCGGCCUGCUGCCCGAGCCCACGCGCCGGCUGCGGCGACUCGCCGUGCCGCUCUCGCUGGGCGCCGCGUACCGCCGCGCGGCCACCUUCGUGCACGCCGGCGACGAGCUCCGGUCGGUGGCGCGCGACGUCGUCCUGCCCCUCCUCGAGGAGCAGGGCACGCGCGCCGACGUGCUCGCCGACCCGGCCGGGCAGUUAGCGGCCAUGGCCGCGCAGCACUUCUACGCGUACACGCAGGAGUACGCUUUCGGCAUCUCGGUUACCCGCAGAAUGGUGGAGCUCACAAGUGAAAAUGAAAGCACGACAGUCGUGGAGGCGUGGCACAACCCUUACGCUGCCCUGAGUCGCGAGCUCGCACUCGCGGUGUCGUCGACGGCGGCACUGCGCCUGCUGACGGGCGACCAGCGGGCGCGCAUUGUCACCCGGGCUGUGAUCCGCGAUGUCAGCGAGACGCGCGCGAACCGCACUGAGGAUGCAGAUGAAGAGUUCACCGAGUAUCUCAAGCACGGUGUUGCUGAUCUCGUACUUUGCACGCAAGGUCACUACUCGCGGCGGCCUUUUGCCUACUUCACUGGCGGACUUGCUGUUCAUGCUGGCGCCACCGUUCAGCCUGUCCGUGAGCGUGAUCAAGGUGCUACGCAUGGACUUGGACAACAAGGAGUGCCUGCGUGCCCGCCAGAGCCGCGCCUACUUGGCGCUGCUCUGCGGCGGCUCCUCGCGGGAGGGCGACGCGCGCUUCGGCGCCGUGACGGCCCACUGCUGCACGCUGGCAGUCGAGGCUAGGCUAUUGUAUGCAGUACGGCGGGCUGCUCGAAAGCCUGACGGCCUUCGAGUUCCUCCACCUGUUCGCUCGGCUGCGCGGUGUGCCGUCCAAGGAUGUGAAGCAACUUGUCGAAAGUUUUGUUCACCUAGUCGGUCUUCAGGAGUGCGCCAACCGGCUGUGCGGAACGUACAGGCAAGACUACAUUGUUACCCGCCUAUAUGCCUAGAGGCUUCUACUUCCUAGUGUAGGCCGGCGCCACUCACUCUCAGCCAUUACGGCGGAUGUGGAACAUGAUUUAAACCCGCGUUAUGUGACCUGCUUCGAAAGCAGCUCUCGGGCCAAUUAACUCUCCUAUGGCACCUCGUGACAUUAAGACGAGAGAAAUUAUCGACAAGAAUCAGAGGGGUUCAAAUAUAUCUAUAGGGUCCGAUUUAUUACACAUGCACAAAUUCCCAAGACAUUUGUUGUGGGCGAAGGGGAUAUAGUCACCGCUUCAUAUCGCAGUCGCAUAAUGCGGAACAUGUGGGCUCGACUGCUAAUGACAGCAAGUUGACUAAUCCACCACUUUAAUUUCUAUUUUCGUUAUUUCUGGAAUUCAAUUAAAAGAACUGCCGUAUGGUUUGCCUGAAUUCAUUAUCUGUUGGAUGUCAUGUAGUUGCAACUAACUAAAAGUCGAGCCUCUCGGUCGCUUCAAUCCUCGCUAAAAAAAAAAAAAAUGGUCAGACCGCAAAAUGUUUCAAUUUUUUUUCCCUCGAUGGGUAUGACUUAAAAAAAUUCAUUCCAGUUAAUUAUUAAUUAAAUGGCAGUAAAAGCUUGCCACGUAUGCUACUAAAUUCUUAUCAUCUUUCAAUUAGUGAUAUGCGUGGUGCGAAAUAUAUCUAAUUAAGAAAACUGGUAAGCUUAAGAAGCUACAUUAUUAAUGGUUGAGCUUAGCAUUUAGCAUUUACAACAUAGGCGCCGACUGCGGGUGGGAGUGGGGAGGGCUCCGGGGCCCGAGCUCCCUCCGGAGUUCUUCGGGGGCGGGGAGAGGGAGGGGGGGCUCAGCCCCCCUGGCGAUGCCAAUGCCCCCCACCCACCUAACGUGUCAUGGUCAGAGUUCUGUCACCCACAUCAUUUGAGGUUUUUUUUGACUUGCCUCAACCUUCUCACGUAAAAUUUUAUUGUGGCUAACAGCUACUGCAUCAUUGUUGGCGCGGGAAUGCAUGGAUUUUAUUCAUCCUUUGCUUUAUUUCUACAAAUCCUGACAAUAUGAGAGCAAGUGCAUUAGAAGUAACAGCGGCGGCUGAGUCACCCGUAUUUUCUCACUUCAACAUCGUUUUAAAUUUUCACUGUAAACACCAUGCACAUACAUAAUGUAUUUAAAUAUAUACACAGGACAUAGUUUAUAAUAUAUUUAAAGAGA